AUGUCUGAAAAGGUGAGAUACUACUUGGAACAAUCCGUUCCAGAGUUGGAAGAUCUUAAGAAGAAAAGAUUAUUUGAAAAACAAGAAAUCACCAUGAUUAUGAGAAGAAGAACUGAUUUUGAACAUCGUAUUCAAGGUAGAGGUAGUCAACCUCGAGAUUUCUUAAAAUAUAGUGAAUUUGAAUUAAAUUUAGAAAAAUUAAGAAAGAAACGUUUUGCCAGAUUAUCGAAAGUUGGAAUCAUCGAUACUGAACCAAGUAUAAGUGAUUGGGCUGGUACAAGACGUAUAUUAUUCAUAUUUGAUAGAGCAACAAGAAGAUAUCCUGGAGAUUUAGAAUUAUGGUCUCAAUAUUUAAAAUUUGCUAAAAGUAAUGGAGCUAUUAAAGUCAUUUAUAAAGUUUAUUCUCGUUUAUUACAAUUACAACCAAGAAAUGUUGAAGCAUGGUUAUCAGCUGCUAAAUAUGAAUUUGAAACUAAUGCCAAUGCUAAAGGGGCAAGAGUUUUAUUUCAAAGAGGGUUAAGAUUAAAUCCUGAAUCUUUACAAUUAUGGUUAAGUUAUGCACAAUUUGAAUUAACUUAUAUCUCGAAAUUAUUAGCCAGAAGAAAAGUUUUAGGUCUUAUAACUGAAAAACAACAACAAGAUGAACAAGAAAGUGAACAAGAAAAAUUAGCUAAAGCAUUAAGUAAAUCUGUUACUGGAACUGAAGAUGAAGAUUUUAAUAAUGAUUUAAUCGAAUUACCCACCACUAAUACUACUGAUUCUAUGAAAGAUCAAUUAAAUCAUUUACCUGAAGUUGAAAUGAAUAUGUUAGGUAAUCCAGAAACUAACCCUGCAUUGAAAGGUGAUGUUGCAUUAACUAUAUUUGAUUUAUGUAUACCAACCUUAUUAAAGUAUAUUCCAGAAUAUUCCACCUUGAUUAAGAAAGAUGAUAAAACUUUUGAAAUUGCUUAUAAAUUCUUUACUUUAUUUGAUAAUUUUGAAGAAUUAAAUCGUGAUUAUUUAAAUUAUCAUAUUUUAAAUUAUUUACAAACCAAUUAUCCCAAGGAUUUAAGAACUUUAUUAAUCGAUAUAACCUUACCAAUCAGACAUGUCACCAUUUCAAAUUCAAACUUGUCUGAAAACUUACAAUUAUCCGUUAACAAAUUUAUCGCUUAUAAAUUAAAAUUAUUAGAUUUACAAGAAAAAGAUACUUUAACCAAUAUGUUUGUGAAUCAAUUAACUAAUCAAUUCUUGAAUGAUGAUGAAGAAUCAAGAUCAGAAGCAGUAGAUGCAUUAUUAAAAGCAAUUAUUAAAAAAUGUAGAACUAUAUAG